AACCUCUCAUUAAAAAUGGGUGUCACCGUGUUGCAACAGUACCCGAUGAUCGAGAACAGAACCGGCCCGCAGACGAUAGAAUUCCUGACGAAAAGAGUGGUCGCCCUGGGAGCCGUGCAAACCGGUCAAUUUCUGGUGGAUUGCGAGACGUACGUGUCCGUGCCGCAGCUCGGUGUCCAGAGAACUCUUCACGUUCUGCACAACUCCGAGCAACCGGCCUCGGUGUUCGCCAUUCUUGAAUCCGGAAAUAAAGUAGUUCCGUUGAUAGCGGAUGGCUUGUUCGACCUCCUCAUGUACAAGAUGACCAGCAUCUACACGAACAAGAUGCAGAAGAUGGAGUCGAAGGGGCCGAGGUUCGAGAUCGGCGAUUUCUGCGUGAAACUCGGCAGCGUUACCAUCAAUCAGAACUUCAAAGGCGUCCUUGUCGAGGUUGAAUACAGACCCUGUGUGAUCCCCGGAAGCGCUUGGGAGUUGAUGCGAGAGUUUUUGCAAGGUUUUCUUGGGCCAACAGUGUCGAAUCAAGCUCCACAAUAUUUACAGAACCGAAUGAAUGAUAUCUACCAGCCCUUGGAUACCAUACAACAGUAUUUGGAACACUUCGGCCAGUACCGAAAAGCCACGGGUGUAAAGCCAACUUCCACUAUAAAAGAUGUCAAGGAGGAGUUACAUAAGUUAAAAAAGGCACCAAAUAUUAAUAGGCAAAGCUUGAGACUAGAUCCUAAAGGAAAAGCUUUGUCAGAUUCAAAUACACUGAAAGAUUUGUCUAUCAUUGAUGGAAAAUUGUAUUUGAAAGAUCUUGGACCACAAAUUAGUUGGAAAGGUGUAUUCCUUGUGGAAUAUGCUGGUCCAUUAUUUCUAUACUUAUGGAUAUAUCAGCGUCCUUGGAUCUUUUAUGGUGAUACUUCUACAUCUGGAAUGGAUACAACAGUUCAUGUUGCAGCUAUUUGUUGGUCGAUACAUUAUGCAAAGCGGCUUUUAGAAACUCUAUUUGUUCACCGGUUCAGUCAUGCAACAAUGCCACUGCGUAAUCUUUUCAAAAAUUGUUCCUAUUAUUGGUUAUUUACUGCAUAUGUAGCAUAUCAUGUAAAUCACCCACUAUUUACAAGUCCGUGUUCAUUGAGAUUAUUAGUGGGUUUAGCAAUAUUUGGGCUUUGUGAGCUCGGUAAUUUAAGCAUUCAUUUAGCUCUGAAAAACCUCAGACCAGCAGGUUCCACAGUGCGGAAGAUACCUGUACCUACUUCAAAUCCAUUCACACAACUUUUUAAUUUGGUUUCAUGUCCAAACUAUACUUAUGAAAUAGGUAGUUGGAUUGGUUUCACCAUUAUGACUUCUUGCCUUCCAGCUGCUCUGUUCACCUUAGCCGGCGCAUACCAAAUGGCCAUGUGGGCAUUAGGAAAACAGAAGGCAUAUAAGAAAGAAUUUUCAAACUAUCCUAAAGGCCGUAAAGCUAUCUUUCCAUUUGUACUUUAAAGGCAUAACAAUAAUUCUUAAUUUAGGAACAUGGUAACGGUAAUUAUUACUUUCAUGUUUCUAGUUUUCUGGAAUUUGUUACCAAUAUUUUUAUUCCUCAAAUAAACAAUUUACGCGGUAAUACCAUACUUAAUAAA